GUAGCCACAACGGCUUGGAUGGGGCUGGCAUUCGUGGUGCCCCAGCUCCCAAGGACCGAUGUGUGGUACGUGGUCUAUCACAUCGUGCUCUUGGCAUAUCUUCAUCCGACCAACUCUUCCUUGGACACGAGCUUGCGAUUGGUUCUGGUGAUGUUCAGCCUGCUUCGGCUGCCUGCCAUUCUGACUGUGGAACGCCUUUCUCUAGUGGUCCUCUGCAAUGUGCCCUUCAUUGCGGUGAUGGCCGUCAGAGUGGGCUUCGAGAGAAUCGACACACAAUUCGGUGGCAGGACGCUGGUCAUCACAUUGGAGGUCGUCCAUCUUGUUGUGCUGAUCGUGGCAGCCCUUGUUUUGAAAGAGUACUUGAUGGGAAAAGUGGAGCAAGACAUGGAGAAAAACAAUGCGGUGACCCAGCUGAAUGCAGCAUCUUCACUUCUGCAGCUGACGUGCGACGCAGUGGUGGAGCUGGACAGCAAUCUCCGGUUAACGAAGCAUUCGCGCGAGCUGGCAGCCAUGCUUCUGCGAGACUCCAGCGACCGGCCUGCCACAUCGCUGGAAGGCACCCUCUUCACGGACCUGAUGCCAAAGGUAGAUGUUCCCCAUGCACUUACCAGGCUGACAGAUUUCAGAUCGACUGCCACCAGCGGCUCACAGUCUCGAGGUCAAGCGCACACACUGCAAAGUUUAACCGCUCAUGCCUUCCAUACACGACUGGUUGAUAGCUGCUCAACAAAGCUCCAGACCGAG